UCGCGGCGCGCUCGAGCGUUCGGGUGGGACCAUAACCAACCCCACAACGAACCCGCCCAAAAUGUAUUUUUGCCUGCGUCUCGUGCGGCUAUUCCUGAUCUCGGCGAUUCUGUGCGUCGGUCUGUGCUCCGAGGAUGAGGAGAGACUGGUACGAGACUUGUUCAGAGGAUACAAUAAGCUCAUCCGACCAGUGCAAAAUAUGACGGAGAAAGUGCACGUGAGGUUUGGCCUCGCCUUCGUGCAACUGAUCAAUGUGAACGAAAAGAAUCAGAUUAUGAAAUCGAACGUAUGGUUGAGAUUCGUAUGGAGUGACUAUCAGUUGCAAUGGGACGAAGCAGAUUACGGCGGUAUCGGUGUCCUCAGAUUACCACCCGACAAAGUGUGGAAACCGGAUAUAGUCUUGUUUAAUAACGCUGACGGCAACUAUGAGGUUCGUUACAAGAGCAACGUGCUGAUAUACCCGAACGGCGAGGUGCUCUGGGUGCCGCCAGCAAUUUAUCAGAGUUCAUGCACGAUCGACGUAACGUAUUUCCCCUUCGAUCAGCAAACAUGCAUCAUGAAGUUCGGCUCGUGGACCUUCAACGGCGACCAGGUCUCUCUUUCGCUCUACAACGACAAGAACUUCGUCGAUCUGUCUGACUAUUGGAAGAGCGGCACAUGGGACAUCAUCAGCGUGCCGGCGUAUCUCAACAUUUACAAGGGUGAUUUCCCCACCGAGACGGACAUCACUUUCUACAUAAUUAUCCGCAGGAAGACCCUCUUCUACACGGUGAACUUGAUACUGCCGACAGUUCUGAUCUCUUUCCUCUGCGUGCUCGUUUUCUACCUUCCGGCGGAGGCCGGUGAGAAAGUCACUCUGGGCAUUAGCAUUCUUCUAUCACUGGUCGUGUUCCUCCUGUUAGUCAGCAAGAUCUUGCCACCGACCUCGCUGGUGCUGCCAUUGAUAGCUAAAUAUCUGCUCUUCACCUUCAUCAUGAAUACUGUCAGUAUCCUCGUGACUGUGAUCAUCAUCAAUUGGAACUUCCGCGGGCCGAGGACUCACAGGAUGCCUCAGCUCAUACGCAAGAUCUUCCUUAAAUAUCUGCCAGCGAUCUUGUUAAUGAAACGACCAAAGAAGACACGAUUGAGAUGGAUGAUGGAAAUACCAAACGUAACACUGCCAGCUUCCACAUACUCGGGAAGUCCGACCGAGGUGCCAAAGCAUCUGCCAGCCUCCCUGGCGAAAUCGAAGAUGGAGGUGAUGGAGCUGUCCGAUCUUCAUCAUCCAAAUUGCAAGAUUAAUCGUAAGGUUCAUCACACCACGAGCAGCUCCAGUGGUGCUGGAGCAGGGGAGGGUAUGGGCGAUAGGAGAGGAUCCGAGAGUUCGGAUUCGGUCCUGCUCAGCCCGGAAGCCAGCAAGGCCACCGAGGCCGUGGAGUUCAUAGCGGAGCAUCUCAGGAACGAGGACUUGUACAUACAGACAAGGGAGGAUUGGAAAUACGUCGCAAUGGUGAUCGAUCGACUGCAACUUUAUAUAUUCUUUAUAGUGACGACCGCGGGUACCGUCGGGAUCCUAAUGGACGCGCCUCAUAUUUUCGAGUAUGUGGACCAGGAUCGUAUCAUAGAGAUUUAUCGCGGAAAAUAAUCCGACUUGCCCCAACGAAGCGCAAUCACAAAUAAAUAUGCCAUCUCGUUACGACCGUUCUCAUUUCGUCUCCUUCGACUUCACAAUAUUCGCCGCAGAAUAACGAAUAAUUUCGUCAUUUCAAUUGUAAGCGUGAAACGUUUACAACCCCAAGCGACUGUUUGACAAGCAAUUAUUUUUUAUACCUACAGAUUUUUAUGAAAUCCCGAAGCGAAGUACAAAUUUAUUUGACGAAACGUCUGGAUACAAUCUUCCGCCACUGUGCCCAUACGUAUUUCGAUUUUGUGCAAUUGUACGAUUGCAAUAUCCAUUGCAGACUUGUCGCAGCUCUCCCAAUGACGAAACUCGAGCGAUCGAAAUGGCAUACAUUAUGUACGAGUAGAUAAUAAUUCCACUAGUGUUAAUCAUGGCUGCCUCUGCGAUUAUUGUCUUCCCCGAUGCCAUUAACUUCCGGUAGCUCCAUUGCAACACGCUUAGACGAAGGAUUAACGAAACGACUAUCGAAUGGUUCUCAUUCUUCAUUUUACCGAAGAAAUAAGGUAUUUCCAAAGUUUUGCAAACACGAGAAGUCGUACUACUAACUGUAUAACUGAUUACUUGUCAACUUUGUAAUUUUUACAAGAUCAUAUUUUGUUAGCAAUGGCAUUUCUAUUUAAUUAUUUACAGUUUUUUUAAUUAGAAAACUUGCUUAAAAUUUGGAGAGUUUACUCAGAUAAAUAUCAUAUUGCAAAGAAUUUUAAAUUACGCGAUAAAAUAUAACUGGGUAAAUUUUUGCGAGAAAGAAAGAAUUUGACUUAAUUGAUUUCCGACUCGAAACGCACUGUUUCACUAUUAAUGACAUUUUGUACAGUAAUUAUGAGUAUUGGAAAUACCAUGAUUGCUCCUUUAAACGUGUAGUUACCACGUAACACACUUAAUGUUAAACGAUGAAGUCCGCUUGUGUAGCAUUAUAUAUCGUAUCUAGAAAAAAAAAACGGAAUUAGUUGAUGGUAAUUUGACAAAAUUACUGUAAUAUAUUAAUGUAACGAUGGUACGCACAAACCUGUUUAGUCAACUUAUCGAUAUCUCUUAAUUAGAAAUACAAAUAAUCCAAUAGUCUGGUAAGUUAGGAAAGUAUAUAAAACGAGUAAUAUUAUUUAUCAUAAAGUAACUCAAAGUUACAGGAGUUCACGUUUAACAUUAAAAAUUAUGUAAAACCAUCGCGUAUUUUUCUAGGACCAUAAUUUCAUCGCAAUUUAUUAAGGUAAUUAAAAUAGUUUUCCCCUUCUUUUCGCGUUUACGUUACUACACGCCAUGUACGCGCGUUUGGCGUGCCUAUAUACGUCUAUAUACGUUAGUGUUAAACGUGUGGAAGAAAGACAGUCCCCCCCCCCCAUAUUUAAUCUCUCGAUCAUAAUUUUAACGAUCAGCUUCCAACCAAAUCGAUCAAAUUCUCGAUAUCAAAGUUACAAAUCUCCGCAUAAAAUAAGAAUCGAAACACGUUCUUUACGACGCGCGACGCGCAUCCACACGCGGAUGCUCAAUUCGCGAUAAUGUUUUUAGAUAUAAGUUUGAAAUAAUUUUGAUAAUAAUCGUGCAAGUCGUAAUUUAGUCGAUUUCGCGUUUGAUACUCGUGUCGUGGCAUUGAUCGUAAAUAUUGAUAGAAUCGCGCGACACGAUCUUGACACGUUCGUUAAACAUACGAAUGAGCUCGUAGUAACGAAUUUUACGCGAGCACGAGACGUUGUAAAUUAAUUUCAUUACGAAGGAGAUGCGCUCGUAUCUAAUCGAUGAUCUCCGGAAGACUCGCGGAAGGCCAAUGCAAAUCAAGGCAUCCUUAAUACAAAAAUAAUUUUUGAAAUACACACAAAAGUCUAAUCAGCAAAAGAAAAUUGACCGUAUCCUUACUGACCGUAAACAAAAAUUGCCUCUUGACUUGUAAUUGGUCUUCUUAAAAAAUAAGUAAAUAAAUAGCUCAUGCUCUCAUAUCGCGCAUUUACACGAAAAUAUUCUGUAUGUGUAUAAACAGUACUGAAUAUUGCUUAAUACAUUAUUUAAAACAUGUAAACAUAAUUUACGUCUCUUUGAUUGUACUUUUUUGCCAUUAAUUUUUUUUCUAACAAGAUUAACAAGAUACACAAGAUUGAUAAACAUCUUUGACUCAGAUACAAUUUAUAAAAAAAGAGUUGUUUUAAUGAGUAAUAAGUAAUUAAAUAAAUUAAAAACAAAUAGCUACAUGAUUAAUUAAAUGCGGGAUGAGAUUAUGAGCCAAUCUAUUGAGCCAAUAAUUAUACGCAUUAACGCAUAUUAGGAAGCACGAUUCUUUGCCCUAAGAAUGCCGUGCGUGUAAUAGAACCGUAGCCGUGCUUAUCGUAUACAUUGUACAGAGAGACUGUUAAACGGUCAAGUUUUCGUUAAUAAAGAACGUUCAGUCCGGAAGAAGGUUGCAGUCGACUGUUGGAUAUCGAGGAUUUUGUUACGAGCAGUAAAACAAUCGAAGAAAAUAUUAUGUCCCAUACUUCUUAAUAAUUUUAUGCAGCUGCAAUUUCUUGCAGUACCUCUUGGCAUAUUAAUACCUUAUAGAAGUUUAUAGUAUUUAUAAAUUCCCCCUAGUAGCAUUUCUGCUGUUUUCUGCAAAGCAAAAUCUGCGUGCAACUAAUUGCAUCAGAAUUUAGCAAUCUGCUGCAAGAUUUGCGCACUGUACAUGCAAAUAAAUUGUUUGCAGAUACUUGCUACAGAAAUCGAGCUAUCUUGAAGCAGAUUCUUCCCGUAACUGUGUGCAGUCUGCAAACAAUCUGUUAAUAACAGUCCGUCAGCAGACCGAUAUAAAAUUCUUUUAAUAGAUUCUGGCGAAAGAAUAAUACAAUUCUUGCAGUAGAUAUUUGACAUAUUCUGCCAGCGCAGAAUGUUAUUCUGCUUUCUCAGAGUUUACAGCAGUCUUGCGACAAAUUGCUACUAUAGGGCCUUUUUUUGUUUUUACAGUUCGCCAAAAGUGAACGAUUUAUUCGGUUUAUGUCGAAUUGUUAGUUGACCUGCAGUCUCGCAAAAUUUUUUAAUGUACCAAGCGGCAUCAUUGCGUGCAUUAGCAGUUAUCCCGUUUGACAAAGUUAGUGUUAUAAUGUCACGGUUGCUGCGACAGUUUCUUCAAACGCAUCUAAAUCUGUUGUUACAUAAGCCGAUCGUUGUGUUUAUUGAAGUAAAAAGUAAAAUAAUUUUAGACUUACUUGAAGACGCUUGAUAACGACAGGAUAAGAAGACGCGGAACCUUAAAAUAUGGCAAGAUGUCCUCUUUAUAAUUACUUGCGUCAAUCUUAGCAAAUUUGAAUGUGUGGAAUACGAGGUUUACUAUAUUUUAAAUGAAAUUUUAUAUGUAGAUUCUUCUCGUUUUCUGUAAAUCGAAUCCAUUAACUUGGCAAUCGAUAACAUUUACUUGGAAAUUUUAUUUCGAUUGCAAAUUCUGUAUUUAAAAUAAGUUUACGUUGCAACGUAGUUUAUUAAAGGAAAGUUUAUGUACAUCCAGAUUUAUCGACGUUAUAGUGUUUCGUUGUUAUAUAUUGCCGUUACUUAUUGAUAACGUAUGCCGUGUCUUCCUGGAAAGAAAUACAAUAAUUAAAAUUUAGAAACCAAGCACAUAUACUGGCAUAUUCCGUUUUGUUCCAUCCCUCGCGUGUCAAUAUAGUGUUUCGUGUAAUUUAUUCGGCGCGAUUUACCGCAGAACAAAAUAACGAUGGACGAGAUUCGAGCCUGUGCAUAUGAUGUCCUUUAUCUAUACUGACUGCGGAAAGGAAGACGAUCGUAUCAGCGUAUAUGUACCAUAGUUUUACUUUUGCGCAUGAAAAACAAAGAACCGAAAAUUGUUGAAUCGAAAAGUUUGUACUUUAUUAUAUGCAUGAUAAAUAACAUAGUGAUUAUAUAUUCGUGCAUUACUGUAUGUUGGUAGGUAAAAAGAGAAAUUUAACAUAAAAGUUAAGUAGUCCUUUUUAUAAUGAAAUAAUGCAUCAAUAAAACUCAUGGAAUUUUAUGUA